AUGAAAAUAAAACUAAUUAAUCUUUUAUUAUAUAAAGAUAUACAUAUACCUAGACCUCAUGUAUUUGCAGAUCUUCCGUUAAAAAGUAUGGCUGCGCCGGUAGAGCUUUCAGAAAUAACUUUAAAGAUUAAUGAACUAUUACCUCAACUUUCCGAUUUUAUAAGUCAAUUUCACAAUAUCAUAUUAACUAAUAAUAUAAAUGUUAUAACAGAUGGAGGGGGUAAUAUGUCAUUAGAUGUUCCUGGUAAUAUGUCGGACACUGAUGCUGAAAAAUUUAGCAGAAGAAUAAGUAUUAUUGAUCGUUUAAUAACAACACGUGGCCAAGAAAUUAAUGAUUUAUUACAGAAAGGAUUAGAAAUAGAGGGCAAAUUAAAGAAAGAAAACGUUAACUAUACUUCCCAAAUAUUAGAUAAAGUUAAUGAAUUUAACAGAUUAAAUGCUUCUUAUAAACAUUAA